AUGUACUAUCUAGGUAUGACCGCAAAAAAUAUUUUGGAGCGCAAGGUGGCUGAUCCAGAGAAAUUUUCGACAACUCCUACAGCUGAAUCUGGCAGGGUUUCUCUUCCGGUACUGUUUCGUUAUGCGACCAGACUCGACUUUUUCCUCAUGUUUUUCGGUGCUUUGCUAGCUGUCACGCAGGGCACCCUUAACUCUCUCUCAUCACUCAUAUUCAGACAUCUGAUGGAUGCGCUCAUUAUGGGUGAAUUCGAAUGGAAUUUGGGAAUUUUCGACGACUAUGAAUUCUCGCAACUCGCGAUGAACGCUGUAUACAACUAUUCACUAUUCGGUGCUGGACAAUUUCUUCUUGGAUUUUUUUCGAUGUGCUGCUGGCACACAGUUUGCCAGCGACAAGUGUACCAAAUUCGGAACCGUUACUUCGGAGCAGUUAUUAGGCAAGAUAUGGCCUGGUUUGACAAAAACGAGAGCGGAGCACUAACGACACGGAUGAGCGAUGGAAUCGAUCGGAUACGAGACGGGAUUGGUGACAAACUUGGCGCAAUGUUCGCCUAUUUCGCAACGUUUAUCGCUGGGAUGAAUGUUGCUCUAUGGAACAGUUGGGAAAUGACAUUGGUGAUGAUUGCCUUCUUCCCAAUCUUUUUUGGUCCAUUAACUAUUGCUUCUAAGAUUAUGACAAAAAUUGCACCACAAGAGCAGACCGCAUAUGCAAACGCUGGUGCAACUGCUGAAGAAGUAAUUCAUGGCAUUAGAACGGUGGCGGCCUUUAACGGUCAGGAGAAGGAAAUCAAAAGAUAUGGUGAUCAUCUAAAUCAAGGAAUGAAAUACGGUGUGCGAAAAGCGCUGCUGACAUCUUUUGGAACGGCAUGCAUAAUGGGUGCUUUGUUUGUUUCAAUGGCUGCUUCAUUUUGGUUCGGAACGAAACUAGUGAUCGCCGGCCACGUUACGCCCGGCACAGUUUUUGCCGUUUUCUGGGCAGUGAUCGGUGGUGCUUCUUCUAUUGGUCAAGCCGCUCCUCAAAUCGGGGUCCUCAUAUCCAGCAUGACGGCCGCCGCACCGAUUUUCUCCAUCAUUGACCGGGAACCACCGAUUGAUUCCUUAUCGAAGUGUGGAAAAAAACUGGAUAAUGUCAAGGGAAAGAUAUCAAUCUCUGAUGUGCGAUUCAGUUAUCCUUCACGACCAGAGGUCGAAGUAUUGAAGGGAGUCACGAUUGAAAUUGAAAGUGGACAACACAUAGCUUUUGUUGGCCACAGCGGAUGUGGAAAAAGUACACUUGUCGGUUUGCUUCUCAAAUUUUACGAGCAGCAGUCAGGAGAGGUAUUUAUAGAUGAUGUGCCGGUACGAGAGCUCAAUAUCGAACACCUACGAAACAUUGUGGGACUCGUCUCCCAGGAACCGGCACUUUUCGCUGAUACGGUGGAAAACAACAUAAGACUGGGACGCGGCGAUAUUACCCAAGAGGAAAUGGAAAUGUAUUGCAAGACUGCAAACGCUCACGACUUCAUAAUGGACCUUCCUCAGGGCUAUAAGACAAGAAUAGGAGAAGGUGGAGUACAACUCUCAGGAGGCCAGAAGCAACGAGUUGCCAUAGCUAGAGCGCUUGCAAGAAAUCCACGGAUAUUGCUUCUUGAUGAAGCAACAAGCGCCUUGGAUGCUGAAAGCGAAAGCAUUGUUCAGCAAGCACUGGAAAAUGCGCAGUCUGGAAGAACGACGAUUUCAAUUGCGCACAGACUUUCGACCAUAAAAAAUGUUGACCGCAUAUAUGUUUUCGAUAGUGGAUGCGUCGUAGAAGAAGGUAAGCAUGAAGAGCUAAUGACAAGGAACGGUGUCUAUGCCGAUUUAGUGAAAGCACAAGAAAUCGAACGAGCCAAAGCUGAGCAAGGCGAUGAAAAGAACGAGUUCACAUCUUUCGGUGCAAAGACACAGCCUCGUGGGUCACAAGUAAGGAAUAUGAGUAAGCGCUUAUCGAGAGCGAUUUCGCAAGGUUCCGAAACUGCUCACUCUGAAAUCAGCGACUUAGAGGAAGAGGUUGUGGAAAAAAAUGUAAAAGGCGCCACCCUCUUGGAUAUAAUUAAAUACGCUCGAAGCGAAUGGUCUCAACUGAUAGUUGCUCUUGUCCUUGCUGCAGUUCGAGGAAUGACAUUUCCUGUUUUCUCCAUAAUUUACGGGAAAAUGUUCAAGACUCUGACCGCAGGUAGUGACGCAGAAAAAAUCCAUGGAGCAAUGAUGAAUGCGAUCUGGUUUACGAUUCUUGGCCUUUCUUCUGGGGUCAGCACCAUGAUCUCGGGUUUUUUGUUUGGGAGAGCUGGAGAAUCCCUAACGAACAGACUGCGAGUUUCGCUGUUUUCAAAUAUCGUCCAUCAGGAUGGAGAGUACUUCGACCGAGAGGACCAUUCUUCCGGCAAGUUGACCACGCGGCUGGCUACAGAUGCGCCAAAUAUAAGGGCGGCUAUUGAUCAACGUCUAGCUGAUGUCGUAGGAGCUGUUUCCUCAAUGAUCGGUGGGAUUUCCAUCGCUUUCUCUUACGGCCCGGCAAUGGCACCGAUCGGCGUUCUCACCGCAGUGGCGCUCAUCACAAUACAAACUCUUGUUGCCCAAUAUCUGAAGGUUCGUGGUCAAAAAGAUGCUGUCAAGGCUGAAGAACCGUCGAGGUUGGCCAGUGAGGCAAUAGAACAGCAUAAGACUGUCCAGUAUCUUACUAAGGAACAGUUCUUCGUGGACCAAUUCGUGCUUCAAAUGAAAGGCCCACACAGGAGAUCAAUUUUCAGAGGAAUUAUUCAGUCCCUUACCUAUUCACUGUCGGUCAGUUUUGUAUGUUUUAACUUCGCAAUCGCUUACCUGUAUGGAAUCUGGCUUGUUAAGAGAAAAAUAUGCUCACCAUACACCGUUUUUCAAGUAAUUGAGUCACUGAACACUGCAUCGAUGUCGCUAAUAGCAUUCGCCACCUAUUUCCCGGAAUAUGUGCGAGCUCGGCUCUCUGCCUCGCUACUUUUCCAGAUGCUCAGAGAGAAACCUAAAAUUAAUAGUCUUACACCAACGGGUAGAACACCUAUAUUGCAAGGAACAAUUAAAUUUUCGCAUCUCUAUUUCUCAUAUCCUGUUAGCCGAAGAAAGAUGGUGUUUAAUGGUGUGAGCUUAAAGGUCCCUGCAGGGAAAACAGUUGCCUUCGUAGGGCCGAGUGGAUGUGGUAAGAGCACGUCUAUACAGCUGAUUGAGAGAUUUUAUGACCCACAGAUUGGAAACGUGUUGUUUGAUGAAGAGGAUGCGCGUGAGUUGAACCUUAAACACCUACGAUCGCAAAUUUCACUAGUAGGACAAGAACCGGUCCUUUUCAACUACUCAAUCAGGGAAAAUAUUGCUUAUGGUGUUGAAAAUCCAACAGAUGCACAAAUUAUGGAUGCGGCAAAAUUAGCGAAUGCGCAUGACUUUAUAUCCAGACUGCCCGACGGAUACAACACUAUAGCUGGUGAGAGAGGAAGUAUGCUCUCUGGAGGGCAAAAGCAACGGAUAGCCAUUGCACGGGCAGUAAUUCGAAAUCCAAAAAUCCUGCUGCUUGAUGAAGCCACCAGUGCCCUGGACACGGAGAGUGAGAAGAUAGUGCAAGAAGCUUUAGAAAAAGCCCGAGAAGGAAGAACAUGCAUCGUCAUAGCUCACCGCCUCUCUUCUAUACAAAAUGUUGACUUGAUAAUCGUUCUAAAGGACGGAAAAGUUGAAGAGUCAGGCACUCAUCAGCAACUACUAGCAAACGAAGGUCUUUACGCAGAACUAGUCAGCAAACAGGAUCUCAGAUAA